GUUGUGGUAUUCGCGUGCUUUGCUGGCCAUGACACGAGCCCCCUAAUUUCUUAACUGGAAAAUUAGCACUGUAACUACGACACGCCUCAUUACUUCCCUCUCUAGCAUUUCACUGUAACAAUUAGUGAAACACUUUAACUACAUUUGAGUUUUCUCAAUUUCUUCAAUCACGUUCAACAAGUUUCCAACUCCUUCUCGUCUCUAUUUCACGGAUCCAUCACUGUGAAUGAGGGUAAAUGAAUUGGAUUUCACAUGUAAGUGGAGGGGUUGCUCUGUGAUUGUGAGGGAUAAAAUACUUGAGGCAUUUCAUCUGUAAGAAAUAUAUGAAAAUGUCUCCUGCCAGCAGGGCAGAUAAGAAGGCAGCUGCAGAUGCAGCCGCUUGGAUGUUCAAUGUUGUCACUUCUGUUGGGAUUAUUAUUGUCAAUAAAGCAUUAAUGGCUACAUAUGGCUUUAGUUUUGCUACAACAUUAACCGGUUUGCAUUUCGCUACAACAACCUUGAUGACGUCUGUUCUAAGGUGGAUGGGAUACAUCCAACCAUCUCAUCUACCCUUCCCGGAGCUUCUAAAGUUCAUUAUAUUUGCAAACUUUUCCAUUGUUGGAAUGAAUGUUAGUCUGAUGUGGAACUCAGUGGGUUUCUAUCAGAUAGCAAAAUUGAGUAUGAUCCCUGUAUCAUGCCUUUUGGAAGUUGUAUUAGACAAGAUUCGAUACUCCAGGGACACAAAGCUAAGCAUAUCAGUUGUUCUAUUGGGUGUUGCUGUUUGCACAGUUACCGAUGUGAGUGUCAACACCAGAGGCUUCAUAGCUGCCUUUAUUGCAGUUUGGAGCACAUCUUUGCAACAGUAUUAUGUACAUUACCUUCAACGGAAGUAUUCACUGAGCUCUUUCAAUCUAUUGGGACAUACUGCUCCUGCCCAGGCUGUCACACUGCUCUUGAUCGGCCCCUUUCUCGAUUAUUGGUUAACAGGCAAAAAAAUCAAUGCCUUUGACUACCAAGCAGCUUCAGUGGUAUUCAUAAUUCUGUCAUGCACAAUUGCAGUAGGGACGAACCUCAGCCAAUUCAUCUGCAUCAGCAGAUUCACAGCCGUAUCAUUUCAGGUACUCGGUCACAUGAAGACAAUCCUGGUGUUGGUCAUGGGUUUUCUCUUCUUUGGAAAAGAAGGUCUCAAUCUGCAUGUUGUUCUGGGUAUGAUCAUUGCUGUAAUCGGAAUGAUCUGGUACAGCAAUGCCUCAACAAAGCCCGGUGGAAAGGAGCGUCACAGCUUCUCACUACCGAUAACCAAACAACAAAAAAGGGAUUCUGCUGAACAUGAUGGGAGAGUCUAAUUAUUUAUACAGGAAGAUAAGUUGAGUUGAGCAUAGAAAGGUAGCUGAUUUUAGGAAAUUUUUAUUAUUAUUCAUCAUUUGAGAUUACAGAUCCAACCCUCUUGAUUCUUAUUUUUUUUGUUUUUGCUUGAUUCUGUAAUUGUUAGUUUAUAUCCAUUUGUAAUGAAUCCCAUCAAGGGAAAAAGGAUGUGAUUGAGUUAGGAUUAUAGGUUACCUCUGUUUCACCUUCAUAAGUCACGAUAAUUGUUAUUCUUUUUUCCAUUUUUUAGGAGUUGGUAUUUUAUUUGCUACA